AUGUAUGUGAAAGUGUCCGUAGCAUUUCCGGCCGUUGCAAUCCCAGAUUCUGAACACAAGCUGACCGUACCGACUCUCAGUCAAAGGGAAUAUCUCGAAUUUUCGCAUCAUCCAUCAUGCUUAACGGCUCGUUUGCCGGGUUCUGCCGCAACGGCUGGCCGUGAAUCUGGAAGGAGGCGCACCGACAGUGCCUCAUCCACGCCGCCGAGCUCUUCACAACUUCCUGUCUGGGUCUGA